CAACCCAUCAAAAUUCAAAACCCCUUCAACUUAACAUUCCUCACCGGUGAACACCCGUCGCUCCGCCGCCUACAGGCUACAGCUGACACUCACUGUCUCCUCGCUGCCUACGGCUGAAACCCACCGCAGCCCUCAUCUCUGCAAAAUUAAAGAGUUUAGACACAUUGUAUCAAGAUGAAGGUGGUGGCGUUGGUGAGCGGUGGGAAAGACAGUUGUUAUGCCAUGAUGCAAUGCAUCAAUUACGGCCAUGAGAUUGUGGCCUUGGCUAAUUUGAUGCCUGCGGAUGAUUCGAUUGAUGAAUUGGAUAGCUUUAUGUAUCAAACUGUUGGGCAUCAGAUUGUUGUUAGCUAUGCGAAAUGCAUGGGACUGCCAUUAUUCAGAAGGCGUUUACAAGGAUCCACCAGGCAUCAUGAACUUAGUUACAAAAUGACUCCUGGAGAUGAAGUUGAAGAUAUGUUUCUUUUAUUAAACGAAGUAAAGAGGCAAAUACCCAAUAUAAGGGGGGUUUCUUCAGGUGCGAUAGCAUCAGACUACCAGAGGCUACGUGUCGAAAGCGUGUGUUCGCGACUAGGACUUGUGUCCUUAUCAUAUCUGUGGAAACAAGAUCAGUCACUGUUAUUUCACGAAAUGAUAACAAAUGGAAUCGUUGCUAUACUAGUGAAGGUUGCAGCUAUUGGAUUGCACCCUGCGAAGCACUUAGGAAAAGAACUAGCUGAAGUGAAGUCCCAUCUGCAUCAUUUAAAUGGCUUGUAUGGAUCUAAUGUAUGUGGUGAAGGAGGGGAGUAUGAAACAUUGACCCUUGAUUGUCCCCUUUUUAAGUUUGCUCGAAUUGUGUUGGAUGAUUUUCAAGUUAUACUGCACUCUCCAGAUUCCAUAGCUCCUGUUGGAGUCCUUCAUCCGUUGGCUUAUCAUUUAGAAUCAAAGGGAUUGUCUAUAGAUUCAGGUGAUAGCAACAUUAAUAAUGGGAUUUCCUUGGAUGGGAAUGGUAUCUAUGAAAUCGAAGGAGAUUGCUCAUUACAUGCAGAACAAAGCCAGAUUUCUAAAUCUCUUUCAGUUAUGAUCGAAAAGACUACAUAUCAUCUGCAGAUGUCAAAAACAGAUAGAGGGGAUACAUUUUCCAUCUGUUGCUGGUUGCAAGAUUUGCACAGAUCCUCAACUGGUUUGCAGAGUGAUCUGGAAGUUGUUUUAUCCCAUCUUGAAUCACAACUCAAGGAAUGUGGUUUUACUUGGGAGGAUGUACUUUAUAUUCAUCUAUAUAUUGCGGAUAUGAAUGAGUUUGCUGUGGCAAAUGAAACAUAUGUGAGUUUUAUCACCCAAGAAAAAUGCCGGUUUGGUGUUCCAUCUCGCAGCACAGUAGAGCUUCCUUUGUUGCAAGCAGGGCUCGGGAAAGCAUAUGUUGAAGUUUUGGUGUCAAGGGACAAAACCAAAAAAGUUCUACAUGUACAAAGUAUUUCGCGAUGGGCGCCUAGUUGUAUAGGGCCCUACAGCCAGGCAACCUUGCAUAAUGGAAUACUUCAUAUGGCUGGGCAACUUGGUCUUGACCCUCCGACAAUGACACUUUGUGAGGGUGGCAUUAUUUCAGAGUUGGAGCAAGCAUUGUUAAAUAGUGAAGCAAUUGCUGAUUGUUUUCGUUGUUCAAUAUCAUCCUCUGCAAUUUCUUUCGUUGUUUACUGUUCAAUGCAGACUGUAUCAUUGAAUAGGGCUGAAGUGCAGGAUCAGUGGGAAGUGUUUCUUGAGAAGUUAAAGAAACUUCAUUCAGCUAAAAGAAGUGUAUCUGAAGUAUUCAAUCCAAAUCUUUUGUUCGUCCUUGUCCCACAACUGCCAAGGAGAGCGCUCGUAGAGAUAAAACCAACACUUUUCAUCAUGGAGGACGACAAUACUGGAUCAGAAAAAAGCGAUGUCUGUAUCCAAGAUCAAGAACAUGCAACUCCACAAAGUUACUGGGGUUUUCAGGAAGAUCCGUGGCAUGAUUCUUGCUUUCAAAAAUGCAUUGUGCUAGAAAACCUCUGUGCAAUUAUGCUAAGCAUUACAAGUGAAAAUAUCGCAGAUAUUUGUAAUGACUCCCUGGUCUCGGGGCACUCCCUUUCUCAAGGGCAAACUGAAAAGGUUGCAAAGUUCUGCAUUUAUCUUAUCGACAAAAUCCUCACCGAGAACUUGUUUUCCUGGAAAAAUACAAUGUAUUUGAGGGUUUACUUUCAAACUGGUAGUUUGGUGCAAAUGGAGAUGUUAUCACUUGUAUUCAGCCAAGCAUUUCAAGACUUUGCAGAAAUCAAUCUCAAGUUUAAGACCGGCCCUGACCCUAUUUUUAACCUUGUCCCUGUCCUUGGUUCAGGGAGGUCGGCGACAUCUAUGGAUGCAGUGUUGACGUGUGAGUUGUUGGCUCAGAAACCGCCAUGUUAGAUUAAGUUCCUCCAAUUCUCCAUUAUCAAACACUAACAGUUAUAGGGUAGGUUAGUAUAUCGAACCUUAUUUUCUUUUUGUGUACUAACACCUACUCGGAUUGAUUCUUAAGGGGGAAGACUCUCAUUUUGAUGGCUCUCUCCUAUACCACCCAAACCCCAGCUCCAAAUAAGGGCUUCCUCCCAAAAAAGUAAAAUUGCACUCGCUCUUAACAUAAACUCUUAUUAUUUCUUA